AUGCACGCCUUCGGGCCGCCCGCCGAGCCGCCGCCCCACGCCCAGGAGCUGCUGGACGCGGCGGUGUGCCCCGGCAUCUACCCGCCGGGCCGGCCCCUGCCCCGGCCCCGGCCCCCGCCCGCCGCCAACCCCUACCUGUGGCUCGGCGGCCCCGCCGCGCCCUACCUGCCCGCCGCCCCCUUCCUGCCGUCGGGCUGCGCCCCCGCGCAGCGGCCGCCGCCGGCCCCCGCGGGCGCGGAGCGGGGCUGGCCGGCGCUGCCCCCGCAGCAGGAGUGCCCGCGCCCGGCGAGGCCGCCCUACUCCUACUCGGCGCUGAUCGCCAUGGCCAUCCACAGCGCGCCGGGCCGGCGGCGCACCCUCAGCCAGAUCUACCAGUACGUGGCCGAAAACUUCCCCUUCUACAAGCGCAGCAAGGCGGGCUGGCAGAACUCCAUCCGCCACAACCUCUCCCUCAACGACUGCUUCAAGAAGGUCCCGCGGGACGAGGACGACCCGGGCAAAGGCAGCUACUGGACCCUCGACCCCAACUGCGAGAAAAUGUUCGAUAACGGCAAUUUUCGGAGGAGGAGGAAGAGACGGGCCGAGGCCGGCGCGCCCGAGGGGGCCGGCGGGGCCCCGCGGCCGUCCUGCCCCGCCGGGCUGCGGGGCCCCCCCGGCGCCGAUGCCCCCCCCGUCUACGGCCGCGCCGAGGCCCAGGCGUGA